AUGAUUGACAACCUCAUCCUACGGUUAGCCAAGGCAGCUGGCGAGGUACUGGGAAAAACCCACGACGAGCUGAUGUAUGCCUUUGGAGUCUACAUGGUGAAGAGGAUCGGCAACUAUGGCUAUGAGAGGAUUCUGAAGGUGCUGGGGCGUAAUGUGCGUGACUUCAUCAAUGAACUGGACAACCUGCACGAGUACUUCCGCUUCUCCUUCCCCAAGGUGCAGCCGCCUAGCUUCUGUGUGGAGGAGGAGUGUGAGACUAGCCUCACGCUGCACUACCGCAGCACCCGCAAAGGGUUCACCCAAUUUGUCAAAGGCCAGCUCUCCCAAGUGGGACGACAGUUCUACAACACAGACAUUGAAGUGGAAAUCCUGUCAAAAGAGGAGACUGAGAAAAUGACAUAUGUGAUCUAUAAGAUGAACUUUGACAAUGCCGCUUUCAAGCACCGCAUGCCUCAACAGAAGACAGCCCCUGGCUAUGAGAAGCUCCCAAUGAAGAGGGGCAUAUUCUUCGACAUGUUCCCCUUUAGUGUCAUCUUCCGACGGGACAUGACCAUGUAUCGCAUCGGCGAUGGCCUGAAGGAGGUCUUCUCCGAUCUGCAGGGCAAGAAGGUCAACGAGGAGUUCACCCUGGUGCGACCCAUGCUGGAGUUUAGCUGGGAAAAUAUCUAUACCCACUUGAACAAUGUGUUUGAGCUGCUCUCCAAAGCUGUGGUAGAGAGCAAACAGAAGGUCAACAUCCCAAAACUGAGUAAGGAGGAGCCUGAGGAGAAAGAGGAGUGCGAGAAAGUGAAUCGAGAGGAAGAGAGAGGUACCGAGUUGGCAAGGGUCCAUGCCCUACUCCGACUUUGCACACAGGCAGCCGAAAAGAAAGGGGAGUACCUCAACCUUUGUUUUUCCAUACCAACCAUUCACUCAACUGACUAUGUGAAGUCCGUGGAGGACAUGAAGGGAACGGACCAAGAGUACAGUGGUGCCCUAACUCAAUACAACAGCUCCGCCAACUCUGGAGGGGAGGACAUUGAGCUCCUGGCCUUCCAGACUGUCACUGGGAAAUGCAGUGAAACCAUCUUUGAGGAUAUGAGGGAACCCCCGAAGAAGCCCCUCCACUUGAAGGGCCAGAUGAAGUAUGUCCCUCAGUGGGACUCUCUCAUCUUCCUUUCCACCCCCAUCAUAGAAACCGUGGAGGACAUGAUUAAAAUGGGGGUAUAUGUGAACGACUUAAACCUCCAUGACUCUAGCAGAGAGCUCAUCUUAGCUGGAACACAGCAGUCGGCUGAACUGCAGUUGGCUCUGGAUCAGGAGCAGCAGAAGUAUGCCCAGCUGAUGGAGAUCAUCAAGAAGCUGGACGAAGAGAAAAAGAGGGGGGAUUCCCUGCUCUAUGCUAUGAUCCCAAAGGCUGUGGCCGACCGUCUCAGGAAGGGCAUCACUGCCCUGGAGACCUGUCAGGUUUUCCCAGAUGUAACCAUCCUGUUCAGCGACGUUGUGAAGUUCAAUGAAAUCUGCAUCCACAUUACGCCCAUGCAGGUGGUGGACAUGCUCAAUGAGAUCUACAUUGUCUUUGACACGCUUAGUGAGAAGCACAACGUGUACAAGGUGGAGACGAUCCGAGACGCGUACAUGGUAGUAGCAGGUGUGCCCAACAAGACCACAUUCCAUGCCCACCACAUAUGUGACAUGGCCUUGGACAUGCUGAGCUCUAUCGACCACCUCAAAGACCCCUCCACUGGGGACAACAUUCAGAUCCGAGUCGGUAUUCACUCAGGCAUGGUGGUUGCUGGGGUGGUUGGACUGAAGAUGCCUCGCUACUGUAUGUUUGGAGACACAGUGAAUACUGCUUCUCGCAUGGAGAGCAAUGGGGUGGGUAUGCAGAUACAUAUCAGCCAGACCGCCAAGGAUCAUCUGGAGCACGAGCCUUAUAUAAUCGAGGAGAGGGGCAAGAUAUUUGUCAAGGGUAAAGGCCAAAUGAAAACCUAUUGGCUGAAAGGGAAGAAAGACCUCUCGUUCAAGACCCCAGCAGAGCUGCGCUACAGCAGUGAACAGAAAGACUCAGAGGACAGGAGCUCACAUGGCUCCACCUGCACUAACACCAAGCGCUCCACCUCUAACCUCAACAUCCCCAAUGAGGAGCAGGCGGAGAGAAAGCCCACACCGACCGAUAUGCCUGCAGAAACCUUACCCCAGCGAGAAGGCAACACGGAGGCCCCCUCUGUUUCAGCUGAGCCCCAGGAGAAGGAGAAAGCCAAAAAGACUAAGAACAACAAAGGGGCUAAGACGGAAGCACCCCAAGUCAAUGCUGUGCAGGAAAGUGCACCCCUAGUGGGCAAGCCAGAGAAUGCAGCCCCUGUGUUGAACAAGAGAAACAGCUUCCGGCAGCAGUAUGCCAAGCUACCCACCAACCUGCCCUUGCGUAGCACUUCCUGCUGCAUACUGUAAGAGCAGCCAGAGUGUUCAAGUCAUGCUUAUAGGGAAAAUGAUGGCGGGGUGAGGAGUGAAGUUAGGAAAGGAUAUGUUGUGCGACGCCCCAAGAUAUGUUCCAUGGGUCAGGACAGUAAAGAGUAUAGCAACAUGAAAUUCCAAAACAAAAUACUCCAGCCUUGCCAUUUAGUUCCACACACAAUUAGCCAGUGAGACCAUAUCCUAUCAAAGACAUACAUAGGUAGUGUAUAGGUGGUCUCAAGGCCCCUGUCUCUCCUACAUGAGAGUCAGGGAGAACAGCAUGGCAAAAGUGGCCUGCAAAACCUGGGAGAAACCUAGAACAGCAGAGCCAGUGUUUUAUCUCAAUGGCCUUUAUUAAACACACCCCAAAAAUCCCCAUUCUUCUCAUGUUACUUCCUUUUCCUUGUUUGAGUCUUGCAUCUUCAUAAAUGUUUAUGCUCCCCUGUGCCAUUUAUACUAAACUAGGUCCAAAGUGAGUGGAAGUGGAAUUUAGCUAUUAUUGAAGCUAUAUCGUUGAAGUGUUGAGAAAUUAUUUUCUCCCAAAAUUCACCUAAACCGUAUUUGUAACACUUUAAUCUCAGACAAGUGUUGGGCACCAAGCCUCGAGUAUCAGUAAUUGUGAAUAGAAAAUGAAUGCGGAAAAGAGGUACAUUUUCAAAUGCUUUUGAAACAAGACUCAAACAAGUAAUACAUUUUUAAUCCCAACUUCAGUUCUUCAAGUUUAAUGUUUUGCAUGUUGUCACGCAUCAAGAGAAAACAGACCUGUAAUGUACAUUUGUUCCGUUAAUAUGACCAUGUUACAAUUGAGGAAUCAUAACAAUGUUCUGGAGAGUGAUAUAAGUCUCUUUUUCUUCAAUUAAAAUAGACUGCACACUCAGAUUGGUACACAGGGUGAUAUGACGAGAAGUUGUAUUUUAUUUGCAUGAACAACGAUUUUAGAACAUUUGAAUAGAAAAGAAUAUAGAUUAAUUAUUUAUAAUGAUGG